GCGCGGGCGAGCGUCGACGGCAGCGGGCGCAACUCAACGGGGCGCGCUCGUGCGCGCGUCAUAGACGCCCGAGACGUCGGCGCGGUAGCGCGCUGCUAGUGUUGCGCGUGGGGUUUCGUCCGCGUGGUUUACGGCGCGGUUCUCCUCUCCGGGGCCUGGCCCCCUCCGGCGCCGGCCGGCGCUUCUCGUGUUUCGGAUACGCUUUGCCGCCGCCAGUGGAUAUAUCUUAACAGAGGAGAGACUCUUUUCUACACGCAAGCUGCCCCCCGGACGUGGAGGAGCUAGAUGACGACGUCGUGGUGUUGUUGCCGGUGUCGGUGUGGCGUCUUCGGCAUUGAGUAGGAAGAAAAAGAAAAAGAGACCGUGAUGGAGAUUGGUUUUGAAAAUUUUCCGCCUCGGCGAGGGUGGUCUUUUCCCCGUUCCCGGUGAGGUGCGGUUGGAAGAGGAGGUGAGAAGAUAGUCACGUGAUGUUCCGUCAACAGAAGAUGUUACCGGCCUUGAACCGACCAUGCGGAGAGAGGUGCCGUGCAAAGCGUCAUCGUUGACGGGUGGCCUCCUUCUCCUCGUUGUACAUCGGGCAUUUAUCCAACAUGGUAACGCCGCUCGCUUGCCAGAUUCUCUAGCGGUGCCUCCACACCUGUCUGCCUCGACUACAAAAAAAGGUAUAGCUGGGAGGAAAGCCGCAACGAAUUGAACGACCGCGGAUGCUUCGUCGAAGGACGGCGACUCGCUGUCGGACUCAAUCGACAAUGGCGCGGCCGCCGCCGAAGGUGGGGGGCGUCAUGGGCUUCGUCGGUACCAAGCACGUGCUGGCCGUGCUGGUCGCCUGCUUCGCGACCCACGUCUGGAUUCAGGGGUCGUCGGCCGUCGACGGUGUAGACCCGGACAUCUCCAGAAACGUGUCGCAGAUCAUCGCCGACAAGGGCUAUCCGGUGGAGGAGUACGAGGUGGAGACGAGCGACGGCUACGUGCUCUCGUUGCAGCGGAUGCCUCGGGGCAACAAGCGUCGCUCCAACAAGCUUCCCCGAGGCGGAGCCAAGAAGGUCGUCUUCCUGCUCCACUACCUGCUGGGCUCCUCCGCUGACUGGGUCAUCAACUACCCGGAGCAGAGCCUACCUUAUCUACUGGCUGAUUCAGGAUACGAUGUCUGGCUUGGAAACGUGCGAGGCAACACUUAUUCGCGCCACCUACGCUACAGGAAAGACGAAAAGGAGUUUUGGGACUUUUGCUUCGACGAGAUGAUUGCGUACGACCUUCCGGCCAUGCUGGACUUCGUGCUAAACGAGACUGGCCAGCAGAAGCUCUUCUACGUGGGGCACUCCCAGGGCUGCCUCAUACUAUUUGGCCUGCUGGCCGAAAGACCGGAGUACAACGAUAAGAUCGAACUGUUCGCUGCAAUGGGCCCGGUGACCACAGUGACGUACAUGCGGUCCCCCAUACGCUACCUGGCACCAUUUGUGGAGGACGCAUCCGCCGUGUUCGCCAUGUUCGGCGAGUACGACUUCCUUCCGAGCAGCCCGCUGAUGAGGCUCGUUGCCGGAACCCUGUGUCUGUUCGAGGAGUCACGCAGCCUUUGCGAGAACACCAUCUUUUUUAUUUGCGGACCGGAGGGGCCGCAACUCAACAAGACCCGACUCCCUGUUCUGGUGAGCCACACGCCGGCUGGUACGUCGGUGAGGAACAUGGGGCACUACGCUCAGUUGGUGUUAAGUGAGAAGUUCCAGAAAUUCGAUUUUGGCAAGACCAGGAAUCGAGUCCGCUACGGACAGGAGACACCUCCCGUGUACAAUCUGUCGCGGGUAACGGCGCCUGUGGCGUUGUACUGGAGCAGCGGCGACUGGCUAGCCGACCCGAAAGACGUGGCGCAGCUGCGCGACCAGCUGCCUCGGCUGGUGUUGGAUUUUCGCGUGCGAGACCCAUCCUUCACGCACCUGGACUUCAGCGUGGGCGUCGGGGCGCGCCGCCUGGUUUACGAGCCUCUCAUGAAGGCCAUAGCCAGCGUGCGGACCCUGUUGCGCCAUUUUUACCCCGACUCGUGAACAUUGCUGCAGAAAGUGCGCAACAAACCAUUCGUAGCCAAAGUUGUUCAGCCCCAAACCACUUGCGGAACUCGGAAGUUUCGAAUUCUGGGCAUCGUUUUCAGAGGCCGAUGGAAGUGUGGCGAAUCUGGCAUUUCAAGAAAAAUACUUGGUGGCAGGUGGCGUCAUUGGUGCUGCCGUUCAGGCGCUAGGUUCAAGAAACGGAACUACGCAGUCUAACAAUGAUAGGCAUAGAUGACAGAAAUAAUAACAAAAAGUUAGCAUAACCA